AUGGAUGGAAAGCCAAUACCGUCGCCCAACUGCCCCGCCGCAAUCGGCGGCGGCGCAUUCCUCGUCACCAACGACCAUGGCGUGAAGGUCGGGUGGAAGAAGCAACUCGAGCCCGUCAUCGGCGGCGGCACGGUUGCGUACUGCUCCAACACGGGUGCGUGCCACACCACCUCUCUCCUUGCCAGUAUCAAUAUCAGAAAGAACCUCAAGUUCCCCAAUGGUCUGGCCAGGGGCGACGAUGGGUUGUUCUACGUGCCCAGCUCGGCCGACAGAGCGGUCAAGGUAUUCUCGCUGCGGCUGAAUCAGACCCUGACGCAGUUGCAUACCAUCCGCGUAGGCAUGCCGCUGGACAACAUCUCACCUGGUGUGAAGGGCGAUCUGUGGGUUCCCGGAUACGAGGCAGACGUUCAAGGGGAUGGCGGAACCCUAUGA